AUUCCCUCUUUCUCUUUGAACAUUUUUCUUUGAGUAAAGUGAAGUAAUUAUCAAAAAGAAUGGGAGCACUUGAUUACUUCUCCAACUUUUGUACAGUCUCAGGCACUAGCAUUAGAAGUAGAAGAAAACCAAUGCAGACAGUUGAAAUCAAAGUGAAAAUGGACUGUGAUGGAUGCGAAAGAAGAGUUAAGAAUUCCGUUAAGCACAUGAAAGGUGUCAAGACUGUGGAGGUUAUUAGAAAGCAAAGCCGGGUUAUAGUUAGCGGAUACGUGGAUCCAAACCAUGUGUUGAAAAGAAUAAAGAGUACUGGAAAAAGAGCCGAAUUUUGGCCAUAUAUACCUUACAACUUGGUUAGCUAUCCUUAUGUGAAUCAAGCGUAUGACAAACGAGCUCCUGCUGGUUAUGUCAAGAACGUUGUUCAGGCCGUUUCAGCCCCAAAUGCUACCGAUGAACGGAUGACAUAUCUCUUUAGUGACGAUAAUCCUCAUGCUUGUUCAAUAAUGUGACAUACCAUAUUUAGUAUCAUAUUAAGUUUGAUGUCUCUUUUCACUAGCUUGUUUGUUUCCUUAUAUAUAGUCUUAUGAAAAGUACCACUAUGCCAUAUAUGAUGUGAUGAAUUGAGUUGCAAUUUGUCACGCCUCAUUAGCUAGAUAUAAGUUUUUGUUAUGUGUAUCUGGGAGGCUUGUGUAAUUUGAAUUACCAAUAAUAUAUGGUCGCGUAUUUAGUUUGGUAAUGAAUUAA